AUGGUCCUGAUCACACCUGGCAACACCAUCUGCGCUGUCUGGGAGCCCUUCAACUUCCGCUUCGAAGUAUCUAGCAUGUACAUCACUCUUGUCACGAAGGUAAUUGACAUUGCCAGGAAGGCAUACCUCUCACGCCACGCACGGCCUUUCGACUGGUAUAUUCGCAUCGUAUCGUCGAAGCUAUAGAUACGCUGUCACCUUUGUUACUUCGGCCUCUCUGAAUCCCUUCCAGGGUCCCGCUGAGUCUGAAGUUGGCCCGCUUGGGUUGGGCUGGUUACACGGACGUACACGUGUAACGCCACUCAUUGGGCUCACUCGAUUCCUUUCUUUUCGAAAUACUGACGACCUUGCUGUCGCAGCUAAUCAAAAAUAGCUAUUUGUGUAGACUCGGGCACCGAGGCCAAAGUGUUCGAUGGUUUUCAUCGUUCCUAUCUCUUCCGCCAACAUCUCUCAGAUUGGAAUCUUGAUCGAGGCCUGCACUCUCUGUCUCGCAUAUGCUCAUUAUGAUCUUUUUAUGAGUGUUUGAAUCGUUUGACAUCAGUACUCUGCUCUUCCGUGUAGCCAACUUUCUGGCACGCCUAGUCAUGCUCAGACUCGGGGGCAGCCUGGCCACGGCAUGGCAUAGUUGUAAUAUCGACGCCACUGCCUUGUUUCAUCGCAGCACUAGUCGAUAUCAGACGGUCUCGGCAGGCAUUGUAGCGAACCUCUGCAAAACCUCUUCAGUCAUUGGGGUCCAGCAUAACAAAUGUCGCCACUGUCGGAUUACGCGCGCUUCUUCGGCCGAUUUCGAUGCUUGCGAACUCGUGACCUGUCACGACGACCACGCGGCCCAUGUGGGACAAUGCAGGAAGGUUCAACAACGCUGCACACGAAUGCUUUUUUGGCCCUGAGA